AUCCAACCACUGUCAGCCAACGUGUUAUGAAUUAUAUUUGUAGAAAAUGUCCUGAUAAACUGAAGAAAAUUCAUGGUGAUGGUUUUCAGAUUAGUUAUGACCGGGCAAACAGUGAUGGCCAGGGCACAGUUCAGGUGACUUUCAGUCCACAGACAUCGUCUUUCGUUGACAGGGUGCAUUUGGACCUUGUGAGGCAGAGGUUCGUCACGUUCUACCAGAGAACUGCCUCAGACCUGCAGCAGACAUCUCUCCAUCUGGACCCGCACCAAUCUAAGGAGCUGCAGAGAAAGUUUCCUCUCCUGCUUUUCGAAGCAGCUUCCGGCUCACAGACCACCGUCUACGGACCUUUUGCGCACGUGCAGAAACUAAAAGAGUUUCAGCUGCAAAAUUCAAAGAGUCCAGGCAGCAGUCCGGUCAAGAAGUCCCCAACGAGGGGUCAAAGCGUGAAGUCCUCCACUCCGUCACCCGGACGCAGCAAACCUCCCGAAGACGAGUCCUGUCCGAUCUGUAUGGAGCCGAUCCCAGCGGAGAAGAAGAAGGCCCUGCGGUGCAAGCAUUCCUUCUGCAGAGACUGCCUCCAAACAGCUUUUGACUACAAGCCAGUUUGUCCAAUCUGUGGAGAGGUUUACGGCGUCUUGACAGGGACGCAGCCUGAUGGCGGAACAAUGAACGUUCAGACCGUUUCCACCCCCUUGCCUGGAUAUAAGCGAUAUGGAACAAUAGUCAUCCAUUAUGACAUUCCCAGUGGAAUCCAGAAGAAGGAGCAUCCAAACCCGGGGCAGCCGUUCCAAGGAGCGUCCCGUACAGCCUACCUGCCGGACUCCCCAGAGGGAAGGGAAGUCCUGGGUCUGCUCUCUAAAGCCUUCAACCAGAGGCUCAUCUUCACCAUCGGCCGAUCCAGCACCAGUGGCAGGAACAACAUGGUGACCUGGAAUGAUAUUCACCACAAGACGUCGAUGGAUGGAGGACCAACCUGCUAUGGAUACCCAGAUCCGGAUUACCUCAACCGCGUCAGAGAAGAACUGAAAGCCAAAGGAAUCAAAUAGGCGUCUUUUCAAGACCUCUAAAUAAAUGAGAGCAAAGCUAAGAGUUAACAUGUAGUUAUAGGAGUUUCAGCUCAUUUACUACAAUCAUUGUUUGAUCACAUCUUGGCAUUACGUUUCCUGUUUAAUUCAGUGUAAUUUUGUGUCUUUUUGGAGUCACCUUUGCUGAUUAAGUUAUGUAUGUUUGUCAUAAACUGUACGUUCAUGUAAGUUUACAUCAAUAAAUGAAAUGUAAUCAGUAGGCAGUUUGAAAACGCCUGGAGAAAAACAUUUUUCACACUAAAGUCUGUUUAAACUUAAGCAAUAAGAGAAACAGAAAUGUUAGAUGAGCGUCCCUGCAGCUCCAUUAGAUUAGUGAUGAUUUUUAUCAUAAACCUCCAACCUUCUCUGCUAAUCCUGAAGAGCAUUAAAUAUUAAUCAACUUUAAUCAUUCAUAGAAAAUGAAUGAAGGCCAGUUGAGAAACGACAUAAUAGAACCACUUUGGUCUGAACAGUUUUUAACUGUUAGAAUGUGAUUGAAAAAGGGAAGAGCAUUUUUAAACACAACAUGUCCCUGUUUAUAAAUGAUGCGUUGAAGGACCAAUGAUGCUCCACUGUGAGCAUAGCAUUCCUUUCAUCUUCUUCCUCAUUUAGAUCUAAAACUGUCCAGUUUUGUUGCUGUUGAUCUUUGCUUUGGUUCAAACCUGGAGCUCUCCAUUAUUCACCAUCUGCCUGCUGUCUCCCGGUCCAGCUGCUGGUCCUUCUGAUAGUUGCCUCAUCAGGAACCAGGAGGCAGCCAUUGUUGUUGUCAUAGUGAAACGUCACUAUGAUAAAAAACAUACAAAUUUUAAACAAACAUACCCACUCAAAUCACUAAUUAUUUCAGUUUUUUUCUUCUUUUUUUUUUUCAAAAAUCAUUCAGUUGAGAGCAUGCGGUGUUCAUGUUUUGUUUACAAUACAUCCCAUCUUCACUCAGUAAAUGUAAGAA